GAACAUUACGACAACAAUACCCAUUAUAUUACUUUCAAUGGCAAACAUUAACGCAGGGGAGGCUAUCCAGUACACUGAAAGUACGGGUUACAGUAAACUAUAUACCGAACAGUUACAUCAGCUUGACACGGAAUGCGCGGCCGUACACAUUUCCGAGUUUCAGUCAAACGCCCCGUUGAGUAUGACCUGCCCAGGGUCCCGUGUGAGCAGCGACAUUCAGAGCCACAUAUGUGAAGAUGACAUAAACAACUUAAAAAAAGAUCUCACUGGUGGUGGUGGUGGCCUUAUGAUGCUCUCCACUAAAAGAUGCUCUUUACCAGACAUGGUUGCGACGUCUUGUUCACCAUCCAAGCGACAUGCAACCAAUGGCAACAUUCCACACUCCUCUCCAAGAUCAGAUCCCAAUAUGGCGGCUGAUGUUCAUACAGUUAAACCAAAGAAACGCUUGUCUGAACCCCUACAGGCCAAUGACUUAAGACUGAAAAUAAACAUGCGUAAACGAAAAAUGAAAAGCCUGGAUGAAGAAAGCAGUGAACCUCUCGUAAAAAAAAAGAGGCGAGUGGGCAGCAAAGACAGGAAAAGUGUGCAAGAGAAUGUACCCAUCAGAAAUCACACACAGAAGUCUGUUAAUGGUAUUAUUGGAACCCCAAAACAACUAUUUGGUGUUACGGAAAGUCCCAAGAAUAAGUACAUGGAACUUAAACAGCUUAACUCUAAUUACUCAGAAAAUAUGAUACCAAACUGCAGGGGAGAGAACUAUUGCGAUUCUGAAGACGGUGAGGUGACAUUUAAGGUUAAUGAUAAAAUUGCUCAUAAGGAAAGCAAAAUGGACAAACACAGGAGCGAGCUGUUAGAUCAGAACUUAAAUAAAAUAUCUUGCAUCAUUCAACCAGAAGAUAUACCGGUACAUAUACAGCAGCUGUAUGAUAGCAAGUUGAAAAACACUAGUCCAGAAUCAAGUCCAUUUAAAGGGAAGCUUAGUGCAUUUGCCAUCUCUGUGAUGAAAGGAAGGGAAAAUUUGGAAAGGCGGAAGAGUUUAGAAUCGGCCUCUGCGACGAUCCGGAGUUCCCCACGUGCUAAUAGGACGAAUAAUCAACGGCCUAACUAUUGUGAGAGAAAGAAGCAUAAGAGGCUGUCUUUAAAUGUGGAGUCUGAGAACCCCAGCAGCAGGUCUGUAAGUGGCCGGAAGGAUGGGAACAAGUCAGGAAAGCGGAAGAGAACACUAACCUUGGAAAGCCUCUCACCAAAGAAAGAAGCCAGUGAUGUCCCUCUGAACAAAUCCAACAAAUCCAAAUUACGUAAUGUUGAUCAAGUUAAAUUUCGUAAACAUAUUGGACAUGAAAAGAAAAAGAACAAAGUAAAAAAGUACAAGCUUAGCUUAGAUUCAAUUGAUAAAGGAUCAUUGAUAGAAGAUUUACAGCACAGGAUGAAUGGGGCUCAGAAACGAAAGAGCCUGCCUAGUGUAAUCAGCUCAGGAACAAAACUUCUGGCUCAGGGACAGUCAUCACCAUCCAGAUCAUCAAGGGCAGCACAGCAUUAUCGUGUGGAUCAGGUAUCAGGUACACCCCCACUCCUUCACAGUCAUUCAUCAAACAAACGCUCCCCAUCACCAUCAAACUCCACCCAACCCUUGUCGCCAAGUCGCCCGUCAAGUCUCCCGAUCUCAAAAAGCAGUCCUGGUACUCCGACCAGGGGCAUCAGUAGAAAGAAACAUGCCCGGGAACAUACAGACUGUACUGACACCAUAGGCGGGGAAAUCCGGGUUCCUUCGCUCGAAGGGGUCAACAUCGUGUCUCCUUCGUGCAAGAAAUUUGCAGGGGCCGGUAAAAAUGCUCUCAGGCUAAAUGGUAAGAUUCAGAAAAAAGAAAAAAAGCGAGACAGCCAUGAUCCGGAUGCUCGCUCUAGCGGAUCAGACCCAAGCCGGAAAUGUCGGAAGAUGUCGCUUGAGGAAACUGUCCAAAUGCUGAGAAAGUCGUCCGGUCAGAGGCUGCAAGAGUACUUCAGGAACAGGGCCACCAUCUCGCCGGGUUGUUCUGACAGCAGGGCGUCGCAGUCUCAAUUGUCAUUGUGUUCUAGCACUCCCGUCAUGAUCCCAACAAAAACUGACCUGCCCAUUACUCCUAGCAGUGAGUCUUCCACGCCGGAGAAACUCAAGGCGGACCCAGGCCUGUCCCACCCAGUGAAGUACAGGGCAGGCUCAUGCAAGGGCUACCUGUUUGCCAAGGAUAACGAGGUGCUGGCUCGCUGGCAUGAUGGCCGCUUCUACCUGGGCACCAUACUCAAGAUUGAUGAGAACCACCAGAAGUGCCUGCUGCGCUAUGAAGACAGGUCCGAGUACUGGUCGCUCUUCAAGGACAUUCACAGAGUGCUAAAGGAUGAAGAGAUGAUCUGCUGUGUCUGCCUUGGAGAACAUUCAGAGAAACCCAACGAGAUAGUCUUCUGUGAAUAUUGCCUGCAGGGAUACCACCAGCAAUGCCACAGUCCCAUGAUUGAUGGGUCCAAGACUAUGGAUCCAGAUGACCCCUGGUUCUGUCGACAGUGUGUCUUCCUGCGCACUGUACAGCCCGGCGGGGCAAUGAAAACUGGGAAAUGGGCGGAGGAGCUGCGCCGUGUGAAGCUGGAGUUACCGUACGACCUGCAGGCCCUGUCCUGGGACUCCCAGCACAAGAACAAUCUGGAGGAGAGCUACUGCUACUGUGGCUCCCCGGGCAUUUGGUAUCAGAAGAUGUUACAGUGUUGCAGGUGCAAACAGUGGUUCCAUGAAGCAUGUAUGCAGUGCCUGGAUUAUCCUCUGCUGUUCUCAGACACGUUCUACAUCUUUGUGUGUUCUCCAUGCAACUAUGGAUCCGAGUACAUCAAGCGACUCGAUGUAGAGUGGCUGGACAUUAUCCAUAUCUGCCUGUUCAACCUGUCGGUGGUGCACCGCCGCAAGUACCACGACCUUGAGACAGAGAUCAUGCCUUGGCUGGACGAGAACUGGGAGGCCCUGCAGAUCACACAGUAUGAUGAAAUGCCAGACCUUGAGAAACUCAAAAUACUGCAAAAGACCCUAAAAGAAAAUAAAAAUAGGUUCACCAGCGGAUCAGAAAUAAGGAAGCGCGUAAAUAUCUGGGGACUACGUGUGAAGGUUCCCCCUCCCCGCAUCCACGUUACGUUGCCUAGCAACGAAAAGGUCACUGACCAGAUGAUGAAAAAGCACAAGAUCAAAGGUCGAAGGUCAAAGAUCUUCUAUGUGGAGAACAAGUCCCCAGUGAACAAACUGACACAAAGUCCCGCCCAUCGGGAUCUCAAGAAGAAGUUUGACUUUGAUCAGGAACACGAACGUGACCCUCACUCUGUGGUUGUCAAGCAGGAAGUCUCCAAGUUGCCGCUGGAAACUCCCCUCUUUCUUCUGGACAGACUUAUACCCUUGACUGACUGCUACACGUCUGAUGCCAACCCAUUUAUCCUGGAAGUCGAGGGGAUAGAGCUGAAAAAACGGGAAAGUGCCAAAUCGAAAAUCUGGUGCAAGUACCAGAGUCCAAUACAGGGCAGAGCUGGAUCUGAUGAUGGACUCGAUCCGGAAGACGGUCCCCCUGUUUUAGAGAAGAUGGAACCGGUUGUACCAAGCGCUUGUAACGGGACACCACCGAUGCCUGAAAUCAAGGACAAGCCGUCGACUGUUGCCCUGCCUCUGCAGCCAAAGGCCCUGUUGGAUGUGCAGGGUACCAGCGAAGAAGAAAAACGCAAGACAAGGGCGCGUAAAUCUCGAUCGAGACAGAGCAUCACGCCAGAUUUGACAGACUCAGAGAAAGCUGCGGCAGAGGAAAGCGAUAUAACUGUGAAGCAGCUACGGGAGUACAAGAACUACUUCUGCUCCUUCAGUAAGAAGACUGGUUAUGAGAAUGGGUUUUUUGUCUGCGGGAAGCGGUACAAUAAGGAUGGGCUUGUGGAUUACUUGGUUACGUGGGACCAUUAGGUUUGGGUUUGAAUGUGUUCCAUUCAUCGGAUAAUUGCAAAUUACAGUAAGGAUGUUUACUAGAGAAGUUUGACCAUGUGUGGGUGAUUUUUUUUUAUAAUGUAUGACUGAUGGGUACGAGCCUUGCUCGGGGGAAAAGGGCUUAAUGCAUGUGCAUAGUGUGUCUUCCCAGAUUAGCCUGUGCAGUUUGCACAGGCUUAGCAUGGACGACACUUUCCGCACAGACUGAAUUUUGGUUAAGAAGAUACUUCAUUUAACUGAAAACUAACAUACAAAAUGGAAAGUGUCGUGCCUGGUUAGCCUGUGCUUACUUUAUUAAGCCCCCUUUUUCAAGAGAGAGUCUAAUAUGUAUUUUGAAACUGUGCUUUACUUAUUCUGAUACUGAAUAGAGUCAGGUUUUGGUUGGGUUACUGUUGAAUUUUUAUUAUUGUUCGUUUUUCAGCAUUUAUAUUGUAAAUAAGCUCAAAGUUAAUAUAGUGAAAAUGUCUAUUGGAGUUUAUUUGGCAUUUUGAUAUUUUAAGCAAAGAUUUAUGAGAAAAAUACUUGGAAUAUAAAAUUUGUUGGUAAGAAUUCUCUCUUAUCUUUGCAGAUUAGCAGUCAAGUUUUGAUAUACAAUAGAAUGAGCCAGAUUGUACUGUUGUACAUUGUUAAAACUUAAGAGGUGUUCUUGUUUAGUAAAUAAGUUUGUUUUCUAUGCUAGAAAUAACUUCUACAAAGUUGUAACAAACAUCAAUAGGUAGUUUUGAAGUACAUCAGAAUUGUGAGAUUGAACACUACUGUAUGGUCAUUUAUUUAACCAGUUUCUAAAACAUAGUUGUUUUUCUGUUUUUACUGAUAUUCGCUUUUUUGUUAAAAAAAAUACGUGUAAUCUAGUGGAUUAUGCAAUUGUUUGCAGUUAUUUACCACUGAAAUAUAUUGUGUUUAUUGGUGUACUCAAAACUUAAUUGACAUGCCAUAGCUAAUCAAUUGUAUGAAAUAUAAAACUGCAAGCAGAUACUAAAGAUUAUUUGUAAUCAUACAAUCAUAGUGUGUAAUUUCAUUUACAGCAUAAAUAUUUGAUGAAAUAUGCCAUGGUAUCAAAUUUCUUUGAUUUGUUACUCAACGCAUGAACAGAUACAUCUUAAACAUGGGCAUUGACGAGAUUUAACAUGUGUUUGUACCAAUGUGCUUGUUAUUAUAUUCUUGUAUUUUAUUUUUUUCAUUCUCUAACUUGGUAACUGUAUAUAAGAAAGUUGCGAAUAUGUUGUUUUGUUCAGAUAAGUGUAAAGAAUGAGUCUGUGAACUUGUAUGAAUCUUAUAUGUAUCUGUGAUUUUUAUCUGAUUUGAAUUUCAUUGCAAGUUAGAUUCUUAAAAAAAAAAAUUGUUGAUAAUUGUAAAGUGCUUAUAUGAUAUUUUUUUCAUAACAUGGUUAUCAAUCGUGAGAGAUUUGGUCCAAUUUUAUUAUUUAUGAUAUUUUUUUAGGUGACCUGAGCAAGACAUGCUCAUGCUCAGCUUUUGCAAUCACCUUUUGUCUGUCCUGUGUCAUCAGCCUUUACCAUGUGAACCCUCUUGAGACCACAUCCAUUGCCAGAUCUUUAUGAAACUUGGUGAGAACAUUUGUCCCUUUGAAAUCUUAGGCGAAUGUAAAAUUGGGUCAUAUGGGGUUUAAAACUAGGUCAAAUUAAAUAAAAAGCUUAUGAACAGACUAGAGGACACAUUUAUUGCCAAAUCUUUAUAAAACUUGUCAGAAAACUUGUCCUUUUGAAAAUCUCUGCUGAGUUCAGAAUAGGGUCAUAUGCUCAGAACAUGAAUUCUUUUUGAUAUUAUAAUAUCAAGGCUUUAAAGUUUGAAAAUGAUUGUGGUUGUAAUCACAAACAGGGCUUGCAAUUUUGGUGGCAGAUUUUUUAGCUCAUCUAUUUUUUGAAAAAAAAAAAGAACUAUUGUCAUCACCUUGGCCUCGACGUCCGGUUAAGUUUUGCGUUAAGGUACACUUUUCUCAUAAAAUAUCAAUGCUAUUGCAUUCAAACUUGGUACACUUGCUUACAAUCAUGAGGGGACUGGGCAGGCAAAGUUAGAUAAUUCUGAAUUAUGUGCCCUUUUUAUACUUAGAAAAUUGAAAAAUUUGGUUAAGUUUUGUGUUUAGGUCCAUUUUAUUCCUUAAGUAUCAAAGCUAUUGCUUUCAUACUUGCAAUGCUUACUAACUAUCAUAAGGGGACUAUGCAGGCAAAGUUAUGUAACUCUGACUGGCAUUUUGACGGAAUUAUGUGCCCUUUUUUUACUUAGAAAGUUGAAAUUUUGGUUAAGUUUUGUGUUUAGGUCCACUUUAUUCCUGCAGUAUCAAAGCUAUUGCUUUCAUACUUGAAACACUUAUUAACUAUCAUAAGGGGACUGUGCAGGCAAAGUUAUGUAACUCUGACUGGCAUUUGGACGGAAUUAUGGGCCCUUAAUACUUGAAAAUUUGGUUAAGUUUUGUGUUUUGGUCCACUUUACCCCUAAAGUAUCAUAGAUAUUGCUUUCAUACUUGGAACACUCGCAAAUUAUCAUAAGGGGACAGUAAAGGACAAGUAAAGGACAAGUUGCAUAACUCUGGUUGUCAUUUUUACGGAAUUAUGGCCCUUUUUUGACUUAGUAACUUUGAAUAUAUGGUUACAUUUUGUGUUUAGAUUCACUUUACUUCUAAAGUAUCAAGGCUAUUGCUUUUAAACAUUAAAUACUUUCAUGCUAUCAUGAGGGUACUUUACCUGGCAAGUUGAAUUUUACCUUGACUUUUGAAUGACCUUGACUCUCAAGGUCAAAUUAUUAAAUUUUGCUAAAAUUGCCAUAACUUCUUUAUUUAUGAUUAGAUUCGAUUGAUACUAACAAAACAACUCUUACCUGAC